AUGAAGCGCCUGGUUGGGACCAUUAAGCGGACAAGUACCACGUUCCAUAGGUCUAAUGGCGCAUCACAUUCUCAAGACUCCCUCGAGGAUACGAUCAUAAAAGCACUCGGCGAUGAAUACCUCCAUCUUCCCACCAUCGUCGAAGCGGCCGAAUCGAGCCCCUCCGCCGCCAAAGCCGCUGCGAACCGGCUCCACAAGUACUUGUCAAAACCGAACUCGCCGCACGAACAGCGCCAGUACAAUGCGAUCAUGCUAAUUCGAAUAUUGGCCGAUAAUCCCGGACCUACCUUCACGCGCAACAUCGAUUCCCGCUUCGUUUCGUCGCUGAAGAUCCUGCUGAGAGACGGGCAGGAUGUCAGCGUGCAGCAGAUUCUGAGGGAGACCCUGGAGUUCCUGGCAACCACGAAGGCGAGCGAUACCAAUCUUACGGAGUUGAACAGCAUGUGGAGUAAGGAAAAGGACAAAUUCGUGAAGCAGUUUGGUAUUCAUCCGCUCCAAAGACCCAACCAAGGCAUGUAUCCCGGAUACCGCCAGGAUUUCUUCUCCAGCGAUCGCAGAGAAAAGAAGCUGCCCACGCCAGAAGAGCUCGCAGGGCGGGUCUCGGAGGCGGCCACAUCUGCAAAGCUACUCUUGCAGAUGGUGCAGUCUACACCGCCAUCCGAAUUCUACCAAAAUGACAUGCUCAAGGAAUUUGCCAAUCGAUGCCAAAGGGCGUCUCGAUCGAUGCAGGCGUACAUGGAGGCGACGGAUCCUUCGCCUGACGAAGAGACCAUGAUGACACUCAUCGAGACAAACGACAAACUCUCCGUCUCCCUGUCGAAAUACCAGCGGGCACAACUAAACGCGAGAAAACAUCUCAAAGCAACGCAGCCGGAGACGACACAGCUUGACCAAGCGCCCCAGUCGAAUUACAGACCGGUCUCGCCGCUGGGCGAACCUACCGUCGUCCGUCCAUCUAAACCCCACGUUCCGAUCCUCCUUAGUCCCCGAAAGGCGCUGAAGAAAUUCCACCGCGAUCCGGCUCGGCAGGAAACAGCUACUGCUAAUACGCAAGCGGCCACGACCUAUCUGCCCCCAGGCGACGACUUGUCCCCACUGGAUCCCGCGCCUCCACCAAGCGUGAUGCCCCAUUCGCACAUCUCAGAUGCACCCGAACAACAAAGCUACCAGUACAGACCCGGCGAAUUCCAGGUCGAAAACCCGUUCGCAGACAAAUUCAGCACGGCUGACGACAAGUCGCACGAUCUCUACGAUAAUAAGGAUAAUAAUAAUAGUAAUCAUCACAGCGACAUUGACGAUUUUAGACGCGAUGGACAGCUCCAUCCCGCCAUGCAGGAUCGGGAUUUCUCGGCUGCGGAGCCGAUUGGCGUGGCGAGGACGACGACAACGACCACCGGAGCCGCUCCGGGAAUGAGCAGCACGUAUUAUCCCGGCGGACAUGACGCUUUGUUUGAUAGCGAUUUUAGUUUACCGCCAGCGCAUCAUAGCAGCACAGCGGGGAAUCUCUCCAGGAUGUGAUUCAGUUGAUGAAUAUGCUUUUGUAUUUGUGUUUUGAUACAUUAUUGCCCUUUUUCUUUUUGUCUUUGUUUUGCAGCCUUAGUUCUUAUACCAGUGAUUGUCUAACUGACGUGGGUAAUGCCCUGUUUCAGCCCUUUAUGAUAUCAAGAGUUGAUUUCUGAUAAGAUUAUGCAUGCGCCGAUAUGCAUGUAUGUACAUUUUUGUUUCUCCAAGGUCCAAUGCUCACGUUUUUAAACAGCUAUGAAUCCGUUCUAAAUGCUUGCCUUUGUUCUCAUCGUCGAUUACUUUUUUUUUACCCCAUUCAGUCACUCAACAGCUCUUUGUUAGAUUUCCUUUGAAUAGUGAUGCCUUUUUGCCUACGAAUCCUGCUACAUCAGUGAUAGGUUACGAACAUAGCAAACUAAAUCCGCUCCUUUUUUAAG